UUAGACAAACCAAGUUAGGGUUUGCCUCACCUGCUCUGGGAAGAAUUCAGUACACGCCGCUUCAGCAGUCUCCAUAACUCUAUAAUCUCACGAGAAAGAGAGGUUAAAGGGACGGCACCGUCGCUGUCCGCCUUGAUAGAGCCCUAGCCUCGUCUUGGCCCUCGAUUUUGGUCAAUCCCUAACCCCUAUUUUCAGUAAACGCAUACUCUCAAUCCCAAAGCAGAAAUGGCACCAAAACCCUCCAAGGCCGAGAAGAAGAUCGCAUACGACUCUAAGCUGUGCCAGCUUCUCGAUGAGUAUGGCCAGAUCCUCAUCGUGGCUGCAGACAACGUUGGCUCCAAUCAGCUGCAGAACAUCCGCAAGGGUCUGCGUGGAGACUCCAUUGUUCUGAUGGGGAAGAACACUAUGAUGAAGAGGUCAAUCAGAAUCCAUGCUGAGAAGACCGGCAACAAUGUAUACCUGAACCUCGUCCCCCUUCUUGUGGGCAAUGUGGGUCUGAUUUUCACCAAGGGUGAUUUGAAGGAAGUCAGCGAGGAGGUUGCCAAGUACAAGGUUGGAGCUCCCGCUCGUGUUGGUUUAGUUGCUCCAAUUGAUGUCGUUGUCCCUCCUGGAAACACUGGGCUGGACCCAUCUCAGACCUCUUUCUUCCAGGUCUUGAAUAUCCCAACCAAGAUUAACAAGGGUACUGUUGAAAUCAUUACCCCUGUUGAACUUAUCAAGAAGGGUGACAAGGUUGGGUCUUCUGAGGCUGCUCUCCUUGCAAAGCUUGGAAUUAGGCCAUUCUCUUACGGUCUUGUUGUCCAGACCGUUUAUGACAAUGGUUCUGUCUUCAGCCCUGAGGUUCUGGAUCUGACUGAGGAUGACCUUAUGGUGAAGUUUGCUUUAGGUGUCUCCAUGGUCACUUCAUUGGCGUUGGCCAUUGCUUACCCAACGCUUGCAGCUGCCCCACACAUGUUCCUUAACGCAUACAAGAAUGUGCUGGCAGUUUCUCUUGCCACAGAGUAUACCUUCCCACAAGCAGAGAAGGUCAAGGAGUAUUUGAAGGACCCUAGCAAGUUUGCUGCUGCUGUGGCCCCUGUUGCUGCUGAUGCUGCACCAGCUGCUGCCGCCAAGGUGGAAGAGAAAAAGGAGGAGCCUGCUGAGGAAUCGGAUGAAGAUAUUGGUUUCAGUUUGUUUGAUGAUUAAGUAGUUAGUAUUAAUAGUUAAACUUUGAGGAUGUUAAGUUUUCGCAGAUUUAGAUAUUUGCCCUGGAACUAUGUUAUGUUUUGGCUUCUGUUGGAUACAUUUUUUUUAUUUUCGUGCGACUAUUUUUAAUUUUUGGAAGUUUAGUCACUUGAUUUUACCCGUGGAGGUGUUUAUCAGCAAUGUGUUUUUGCUGGGUUGACCCAACUCUGAAAACACACAGCUCUUUGUUUUCUUCA